AUGACCAAACUUUCAUUCGAUCAUAGGGCCCUACUUUUGUUAUUCUUUCUUUCACUUUCUUCUUUCUUCUUCUUUCAACUAGGAACCAAACCCCUCUCACGUAAUACAUCCAAUGAAAUGAAAACCAAGAUUUGCCAUUCGAAAGGAAACCCCAAUCGCAACAACAACCACACCGUUUCGACCUUCAUCCCAAACAAACGAAAAUUUCGACCGGCUCAAUUCAUACAACAACAACCCAAUCAUUCAAAAUACAAAAAAACAUUCAACAAAAUUGCCAUCUUGUGGAAUGGUUCCGUUCGAACGUUUGGACAAGUCUUCUACUUUUUAAGAAAUGAGUUUUUAGCGUUUAAUGAAUGGCCAGAUUUGUAUAUUUCCAUGGUUUAUCAAGAUGAUAGAGAGAAAAUGUCAUUUGAUUCUGUUUCUAGCAUGUUGAAGAAUGUGAUGGUGGCACGAGUGGAAAAAUUUGAUUUGGAAUCAUUGAAAGCAAGAGCUCGAAAGGUGUAUUCACAUUUUCCAUUUACGCGAACGGAAUGUCAACAUUUAUUUACGAUCGAAAAGUGUAAUAACUGGGUUUCUUCCAUGUCACUCAUUCGAGACUCAUUUGAGGACAUGAAAAAACAUAAUGACAUGAUGAAGGAAAAGUUGCAAUUGAAUCGUGAUUACUACGACAUUGUGGUACGGUUGCGUUCUGAUGUCUUGUUUGAAAAUAGAGUGGAUUUAUUGAAAUUUAAGAUCGAUGAAAAUACUUUGUAUACACCAUUGGUGUAUAACUGGGGAGGUGUGAAUGAUCAAGUGUCAUUUGGCUCGAUGAAAGUUAUGGACUCUAUGUCUCAAUUGUUUUUUGAAAUUGAGAAUAUUAUGAAUGACAACAAAGCAAUGCUUCACCCAGAGACUUUCUUGAAAAAACUGAUUUUACAACGUCAACACAACAUUGUCAAUGUUCCUCUUGGUUACCGUUUGAUUAGAAAUUUGCAAUUUGAAAGCCCAUCCGACGAAAUCAGAGAGCCCUUCGAUGAAUAUGACUUUUCAUAA